CCUCCUUUCUUUCCCACAUCCAUCAAUCGAUCCCCUUCCUUCUCCUCAUUGCCUCCUCCCUUCCAGAUCGCCGCCGCCACCUCCCUUUCAGAUCACCGCCGCCACCUCCCUCUGGCGGAGCUCGCCACCGUCCUCUCGCCCCUCCCUCUGGCCUUCCCCUCGCCCCUCCCCCCCACACCUAACCAAACCAACCAUCCCACCCGACACCCUUCCUCCUCCAAGACAGCCAAGACGCGCCCUCUCCCCUCGGAUCCAUGGCGCUGCUCAGCGCCGGCGCGGCCCUGCGGGCGUGCGUGGUCGCCCCGGCACUGACGGCGGCGGUGUGAGCGUGCCUCGCCAUGUCGCCGCCCCUUAAAGUCGCCGCCUCGGUGGCUCUCCGCCACGAACCAAGGCCGGCGACAUCUACCGCGCGCCGGAUCCGACACGAGGACCACGAGCAGGGGACGGGCUGCAGUUAUAUGCCACUCCAGUUAGCAAGCGAGGAGCUCAUCUUGCUCGAUCUUGCAAGGGCUGAACAGCCGUUUGGAUCGAGAUGUUUGAAGGGAUGGAGGGGAUGAGCUACGGCGGCAGUGCUGCUGGCACUGGUGCCGGGGCGGCGGCGCUGUCGCCACGGGACCCCAAGCAGCGGCCGCGGUAGAUGCCGGACCUCCACGACCGCUUCGUGCACGCCGUCGCCAGGCUCGGCGGCCCCGACAAAGCGACGCCAAAGGGAGUGCUCAGGCUGAUGGCCAUGAAAGGCCUCACUCUAUACCACCUGAAAAGCCACCUUCAGAAAUACAGGUUGGGAAAACACAACAAGAAAUCCACAGACCUGGAAUUAGCCAACAGUGCAGACUGUUGUGAUGGAAAAUCAUUUGAUUUGCUACAUAUCAUCAAUUCAACAGGAAGCGCCAACGGUGACAAGAUAGAUAGUAGGUAGGUUGCAUUUCUGUCACUUGGGCAACACAUCUGACUGUUGUUAAAUAG